CACAACCGAAAGCACCAAGUGCCACAGCAUUUUGUCCUCCAAUUCUCAUCCACUCGCUCUAUGAUCCGCUAACACAUAUCUCUCUUCCUCUUCCUUUUUCUUCUUGUUUCGUCCCUUUGUUUUUUAUUCUCCUUCCUAACCUCAUAGCCCCUUCUCCCCUCUCUCUGAAUCUUGACCAUGGCUGCCACUGUAAAUGUUGCAGUUUCGCUACCUAAAACCAAGUCAUCUUCUCUUCCAACCAGAAUCUCCAACAUUAACCCAGAAAAAAUCAGUUUCAACAAGGGUUUCCUUUGCCCCAGAAAUGUCUCUGCCGGUGGGAGAAAGGUUACUAUAAGAGCUCAAGUCACCACACAGGCUCCUGCUAAAGUAGAAAAGGAGUCGAAGAAGAUUGAGGAGGAUGUAGUUGUCAACAAGUUCAAGCCCAAGAAUCCAUACACUGGGACAUGUCUUCUCAACACCAAAAUUACUGGUGAUGAUGCCCCAGGAGAAACCUGGCACAUGGUCUUCAGUACUGAGGGGGAAGUACCAUACAGAGAAGGCCAAUCCGUCGGUGUCAUUCCAGAUGGUAUUGACAAGAAUGGAAAACCGCACAAGCUACGAUUAUAUUCUAUUGCCAGUAGUGCUCUGGGAGACUUUGGCAAUUCUAAAACUGUUUCUUUGUGUGUCAAAAGGCUUGUCUACACCAAUGAACAAGGAGAGAUUGUGAAAGGAGUCUGCUCGAAUUUCUUGUGUGACCUGAUGCCUGGGGCUGAAGUUAAAAUCACAGGACCUGUAGGAAAAGAAAUGCUCAUGCCAAAAGAUCCAAAUGCCACAAUCAUUAUGCUUGCAACUGGAACUGGAAUUGCUCCUUUCCGGUCAUUCUUGUGGAAGAUGUUCUUUGAGAAACACGAAGACUACAAGUUCAAUGGGUUGGCUUGGCUCUUCUUGGGUGUCCCAACCAGCAGCUCAUUGCUUUACAAGGAGGAGUUUGAGAAGAUGAAGGAGAAGGCCCCAGAUAACUUCAGAGUUGAUUAUGCUGUGAGCAGAGAAGAAACAAAUGAGAAGGGUGAGAAGAUGUACAUUCAAACCCGAAUGGCACAAUAUGCAGAGGAGUUAUGGGAACUACUCAAAAAAGACAACACCUACGUCUAUAUGUGUGGGCUGAAGGGAAUGGAAAAGGGGAUUGAUGACAUUAUGGUGUCUUUGGCCUCUAAAGAUGGCAUUGAUUGGAUUGAAUACAAGAGAUCGCUGAAGAAGAGUGAGCAAUGGAACGUUGAAGUCUAUUGAUUUUGCUGAUUUCUUCUGGAUAACGUAGAUAUGUAAAUUUCCCUGCAUUUUUUUUUUUGAUAAUUUAUUCUCCUAUUUUUCUUCUUUCUCGCCAUGAAACAAAUGUAUCGGUAUAUUCAAUGCCAGGAAUGAUUAUCGAUUAUCGAUCACACGGUACAUUUGCUUGAUCGAUCAAAUUCACACGUUGCACUUCUUUAGUCGUAGCAUCCUGGAGCACUUCAGUGUAUAAAAAUUCCUGAAACGAAACCGAGUUUGGCAUUGAAAGUAUCUAUAAUUCUUAAGUAGAUCUAGUUUAUUACCUUUUUUGUAAA